UAGAAAAUUGAAAUUAUCCUGCAGUUUGUGUACAUGUUCACAAACCUUGUUUGUCUAAAAAUAAACAAUUUCACUUUUAAGCACUUUCUUCUCUAUUUAAAAGGAAACUAUUGACCACAAUCUGACUAUGAUCAGCAGAGUCAUACUCUUGGGAUUUCAGGGGCCUCCUCUCUUCCGAAGGAUCCUCUUUAGUUUGUUUCUCAUAAUAUAUUGUGUGACAAUGUAUGGAAACCUCCAGACCAUCACACUGGUGUCCUACAGCAAGAACCUCCAAACUCCAAUGUAUACCUUCCUCACCCAACUCUCCAUAUCAGACAUUAUUCUGAGUUCAGACAUUGUACCUAGCUUGCUCUAUGUUCUACUAAGUAAUAGUGGUGUCAUGUCCUUUUCCAGCUGUAUAGCUCAAUUUUAUUUCUUUAUAGUGACAGAAAUCUAUGACUUAGUUCUCCUCACUGUGAUGUCAUAUGAUCGAUUUAUGGCUAUAUGUAACCCUCUAAUGUAUAACAGCGUGAUGAGCCAUGUUUUCUGUGUGAAAUUGAUUGUUCUAUCAUGGUCACUGAGCAUUUUUGUUUCACUGAUUGAAUUCAUAACCGUGUACAAUUUAUGGUUUUGUGGACCAAACAUUAUUGACCAUUUUUUCUGUGAUAUGGAACCUCUUCUGGACCUUUCUUGUUCUGACAUCUCCACGGUUCAGAUAGAAAUUAUAAUCUUAUCUAUUCCCACGAUCAUAUUUCCAUUUGGCUUUAUUAUCAUAUCUUACAUUAAAAUUAUUUACAGCAUUCUAAGAAUUUCAUCGAGUACAGGCAGGCAGAAAGCCUUCUCAACUUGCAGUUCUCACUUGGCUGUGGUCUCUAUUUUUUAUGGAACGCUGUUCUUUACUUAUGUACUGCCCACAAGAGGAAAACCAUGGGACCUGAGCAAAGUUGUAUCACUUUUGUACACUGUUUUCACUCCAUUGAUAAAUCCAAUUAUCUAUAACUUGAGAAAUAAAGAUAUUAAGUCAGCCUUAGUAAAAUCUGUUCACAGCUUCCACUCAAAUUUUCUUUCAAAGUAGAUCAGUUUAAACAAGUUACUUUUAAAGAAACAAUUAAUUCGGUC